CAUGUUGACCCACUCCUGAAGAGGGACUCUGCUGUUUGCUCCUUGAGGUGCAGAAUGACAUUCCCAGAGGCAUCUUUUUCAUCUUGCCAGGCCUUUGUUGUUGUUUACCUAGGAUUACCUUCUAUGUAUAGAAUCUUUAGAGGGACACACCCUGGAUGACACGGCCUUGAGUGUGCUUCAAGAGAAAGGUGGAGGUUUGGGUGCUGCGUGGUGUUCUACCCCUGAGGCCAGUGCCCUGUGUCCUGGGAGUUCUAGCCCCUUCCUGACCCUCAUGCUCUCAGUGAAAGAUUGCUAGUUCUGGAAGCUAGACCCUUUUUCUCAAAAAGCAGAAGGUAGAAAAAGGAUUGAGAUGAGAUCCAGGAAAGUGAGCAAACAAAGAAAAUGAUCCAGGAUUCUAUGAUCUGAGUCUCAAUUCAAGAAGGGAGCUGAACUUUUCAGUAUGCCAACAGAAAGCCAGAAGUGGUUGAGAAGAGAGAAAAUAAGGAAUGAUAACCACAAAUGAGGCGAUAAUAUUGUUUUAAUUGGAGCCCUACCUGAGGAGAUUUGGCACUGUUAGAUAAUAACUCCAUUCUUGGGAAUUAUUCUCAGUGGUGCUCUGUGCAUUCUCUGAGGGCCAAGCAAAGGAGUGGACAGCUGUGUGGCCUGGGAGAUGAGAGGGGCAUGGCACGAAUACUACUGGAAUGCAGUCUCAGUGACAAGCUGUGUGUUGUCCGGGAGCAGCAGUACGAGAUUAUCAUCAUCCCAACCAUCCUGGUUGGCAUCUUCCUUAUCCUUCUUGCUGUCAUCCUGUGGCUUUUUAUCAGAGGUCAAAGAGCUCAACAACAGUUUCCUGGACUCCAAGGCAUUGGCCCUGUGCCUCCAUCUAGGGGCCUAAGCUGGGAGGCGGCAGGGCAUGGAGGAAGUGUGUUUGUGCCACUUAAGGAGACCUCGGUGGAAAGCCUCCUACGGACUACCACUCAUGCUCUGGCUAAGCUGCAGGUGCCCCGGGAGCAACUCUCUGAAGUUCUGGAGCAGAUCCACAGUGGUCAUUGUGGAACCAUCUACCGAACCAAGAUGUACACGGGGGACCCUGCUAAGCCAAAGAGUGUUGUCCUCAAGGCUUUGGAAGAACCGACUGGGCUCCAGGAAGUACAGGAUUUCUUAGGGCGAGUCCGAUUCUAUCAGUACCUGGGGAAACACAGGAACCUGGUGCAGCUGGAAGGCUGCUGCACGGAGAAGCUGCCACUCUAUAUGGUGCUGGAGGAUGUGGCCCAAGGGGACCUGCUCAGCUUUCUCUGGACCUGUCGGCGGGAUGUAAUGACCAUGGAUGGCCUUCUCUAUGAUCUCACAGAAAAACAAGUCUAUCACAUUGGGAGGCAGGUCCUCCUGGCUUUGGAAUUUCUCCAGGAUAAGCAUCUGUUCCAUGGGGAUGUAGCAGCUAGGAAUAUCCUGAUCCAAAGUGAUCUUACUGCCAAGCUCUGUGGACUGGGCCUGGCUUAUGAAGUCCAUGCCCGAGGGGCCAUCCCAGCUACUCACUCUGUACCUCUCAAGUGGCUUGCCCCAGAACGACUUCUGCUGAGAUCAGCUGGCAUCAGAGGAGAUGUCUGGUCCUUUGGGAUCCUGCUUUAUGAGAUGGUGACUCUAGGGGCACCACCAUAUCCUGAAGUCCCUCCUACGAGCAUCUUACAAUAUCUCCAAAGAAGGAAGAUCAUGAAGAGACCCAGUAGUUGCACACAUACCAUGUAUGGUCUUAUGAAGUCUUGCUGGCGCUGGAGUGAGGAAAGCCGCCCUUCACUGAGAGAGCUGCACUCACGUGUAGAAAUCGCCACUCGAACUGCAGAUGACAAAGCUGUGUUGCAAGUACCUGAGUUAGUGGUGCCUGAACUGUAUGCAGCUGUGGCGGGAAUCAGCGUGGACAGCCUCUCCUACAGCUACAGCAUCCUCUAAAGAUCCUGGGGAAAGAAACAUUUGUGGGUGAUCACAUGCUAUUGGGAUGGAUUCAUCCAAGAAUGGAGAAUAGCUUUCUAGUGGGACAUAAAGGGAGAAAUAGGAUAUUCCCCUAACAUUUCCCUAGAUUCCUGAAAUGAUGCUAGUUGAGGCUCUACACUCCAUUUACCCUGGAGACUGAGAAGGAGAGUUUCAUUUCUGCUGUCUCAACCCUGGAGACCCCUGGUAGAUGAGGUGGAUGGUCCCAUUACAAAGCAAGUCUUAGAGAUCUACAAUUUUUGUCUGGCAUUGCACAAAUAAGCUGGUCAUCCCACCACAGGCUGGUGUCCACUUGAAGCAUGCUUUUAUCUAGAUUAUUUUAGGGUCCAGAGAAGUUGGAGUCAACUGAGAGAAUAGAGAGCCAAUAAAGAAGAUGAUGA